GCUGUGAAGUUUAUGGUGCUGUGCUGACUUGCCUAGCAGAGUAGAAAAGAUCCUGUUGUACUAAGAUUCUGCUGCAGCUGCAGAAAUGGUUUCAAUUGUUCCUUGGAUAUGUGUGCUUGUUUGGAUAACUUUGAAUAAGGCUUUUCAGUGCCCAGCAGGAAGCAGACCAGUUUCCAAAAGAUCUCCUGAUUCCUGCAUGAUAGAAAACAAAGUUUAUGAAAAUGGACAAAGAAUUAUGAAAGAUCACCCAUGCCACGUUUGCUAUUGCCGUCGGGGAGAAAUCAAAUGUUAUUGGCAGGAAUGUGGCGAACCUCUGCCUGGAUGCAGGGCCAUAAUAACUGACGAAAAAGGAUGCAAUCCAAGUGCUUACAUGUGUGAUAUAAGGAAGAAAUAUGAAGUACGGUUCGCUCCCGAGGAGACUAAUGUAGCUGCUGCGUUUGAGGAAAUGGUCGAAUAUUACAGAAACUCCUCAACUGGUGCUUGCUACAUAAGCGGUGUUUCCUACUGGAAGGGACAACAAGUUGAUUCGUUCUGCACCGCAUGCCUGGAAUGCUUCUGCUUUCAUCAAAAACUCAAGUGUAUUCCUAAAUGCUGCUUUAUGGAUGCUGAAUUCUACGAUACUCCUGAAAAAAUGCGUGAAAAAGCAGCAAAUCGUUCACCGUAUGACAUUCAACCUUUUCACCCUUAUUAGGGACCU